AUGGCCACAAAACCACACCACACGCGCCCCGACCGCAGUCAUGGUGGUUCUUCCAAGCAUGAAAUUCAAAACGAACUAGACUGGACCAAGACUCAUAGCCACCGUAUCGGAUUUCGCGAUCGCAAUGAUCGGCAUCCGGGAUACACCGACGCCGGAGAUGAAUGGAAUGACGAGCGGCAACGAGAAUUCCUGGCCCAGGCCAAGAGAGAAGCCGAGGAGCUUAAGUCUCCCAUCAAACCAUCAAAGGAACAAGAUCUCUCCAUCAAUGAGAGCGACCAAUUCACUCCGGACAACUGGAUCCCCUGUUCUAGCAACCUCAUCCGUCUAACGGGCAAACACCCACUUAAUUGCGAGCCUGAACUGACAGCCCUCUUUGACGCGGGCCUCAUCACCCCGAACCAUCUCCACUACGUAUGCAAUCAUGGGCCCGUACCCCAUCUUCUUUGGGAAACGCAUCGAAUUGACGUUGAGGAUGGAAAGCUCGUCCUUUCGAUGGAUGAUUUACUGAACAACUUUGACGCAAUCAGCAUCGCCGUGGCACUGGCCUGCGACGGCAAUCGUCGAAAAGAGCUGAACAUGAUCAGAAAAUCCAAAGGGUUCAACUGGGGCGCUGGUGGCAUCAGUUGCGCAUUUUGGAAAGGCCCUCUCUUGUGCGACCUACUUGAAGCUGCUGGCAUUGAAGAUGAGAGCACUCAAAAUAACGGUGUUCGGUGCUGGGUACAUUUCGAAGGUGCAAAUGAGCUCAGUGAGGGAAGAUACGCCACCUCUAUUCCACUCGCAUAUGCCAUGGACCCUGAAAACCAUGUAAUCCUAGCCUAUGAAAUGAACAAUGUCCCACUACCACCAGACCACGGCUACCCCGAUUUGGUUUCCGACAAAGAGAAUGAUAGUCAUUAUCAUAUCUGGGACAAUCGUGUUCUUCCAAGUUUUAUUCGUGCUAUGGACUCAGAGUUUGCCAACACCAUGUUCCACCAUCCGAGUACGGCUUGCAACGAGCAGAAUCUGAACUCGAUCAUUGUCAAGCCUGAGCAUGGCGAGACUAUUCGGCUGUCUGAUGUGAAUAGUAACAUAAGCUACCGAAUAUCCGGCAUCGCAUAUGACGGCGGCGGCCACGAAGUUCAGAGGGUGGAAGUCAGUUUAGACGGCGGGGAAACUUGGUUAUACUGUGUCCGAAAAUUCCCUGAAUACCCAGUUCGUCAUGGGAGAAAAUUCUGGACAUGGCUCCACUGGCAGGUGGAUGUUGGAUUAUCCCAUCUCGUUCGAGCCGAGAGUAUCGUCGUCCGCUGCUUCAACGUCUUCAAGAAUACACAGCCACAAAAGCCUUCCUGGAACAUAAUGGAAAUCCUACACAAUGAUGCCAGCGACGGUAUCACCCUCUAUUUCCGACACCCGUGCGAGCCCGGCACCGGAAACGGAGGCUGGAUGCAGCCCUCAACGGAGAAUCAAAUUGAAAAAAUCAAGCACGAAGUUGGCUCACCGCAGAAACAGUUUACCCGGGAAGAGAUCGAGAAGCAUAACAAAGAAGAUAACUGCUGGAUUGUGAUCAAUGGCAAGGUCUAUGAUGCGACAAGUGUGCUUGAUUGGCAUCCUGGUGGCAAGGCACCGAUUAUGGCGCAUGCGGGUAAAGUGCAUGUUGAUACCACUGACGAGUUUGAGAGUAUCCAUGAUGAUUAUGCGGAGCAGAAGUUGAGUGAAUGCGGGCUGGGCCUGGUCACCGAGAAGGCAAUGGGUUUCAUCAAGGGACAAGCCGAAGAUGCAGCCAAAGAAAAAGCCAACCCUGCAAAUAAGGAUUCAGAAACCGUAUUCGAUUGCCACAGUUGGAAUGCCGUACGUUUUGCAAAGAAAAAAGCCCUUUCAGGAGACACGAAUCAGUAUACCUUCUUCCUCCCACCGAAUGCAAAGCAGCUUGGGCUUGGAACGUGUCAACAUCUCCAACUAGGCUUCCACUUCAGCGACCAGCUCGUCGUCCGGCCAUACACGCCCACGCGACCGGUGUUCGAGAAAGAGGAAGAUGGAACAUUUGAUCUCGUCGUCAAGACAUACCGCCCGGACAAAUCCCAGCCAGGCGGGACAAUGAGCAACAUCCUCGACUGUCUCCGUCCGGGAGAGGAAAGGCCAACUGGAGAGAUUAAUUAUGUCGGUCAAGGGAAAUUCCUGGUCGAUAAAAAGGAAUACCAUUUCGACAAAGUUAGCCUUGUACUAGCCGGUUCUGGUAUAACGCCCGGAUACCAGCUUAUCUCGUGGAUUUUGCGUGCGAAAGAUCUGGGUGAGGAUGAAGAUACGACUGCUCUGAAGGUUGUUGAUGCAAACAAGACGGAGGGAGAUAUUCUGUUGAGAGACGAGUUGGACCAGUUUGCCAAGAAACAUCCAGAUCAAUUCCAGAUCACACAUGUCCUUUCGCAUCCUAGCGAUGACUGGAAAGGAGAAAAGGGCCAUGUUUCAAAGGAGAUUUUGGAGAAGUAUACUUUCAGGCCUGAGAAGGGGACUGUGGCGCUACGUUGCGGUCCUCCAACUAUGAUCCAGAAGGUUGUACUUCCAGCAUUGCAAGAGAUGGGGUACAAGGAAGAUGAGAAUCUAUUCGGAUUUUGA